AAAGAGGGAGAGAGGGAGGGAGGGAGAGAGAGAGAGAGAGAGAGAGAGAGGGAGCGUUUGCAGGCAAUGUAAUUGACAAGGCUCGCAGUGGUGAAAUAAACACGCUUCAGCCCAGGCUCAGCUUUUAUUGCCCAAUUCUGACUCUUUUGACGCAUCGCCCGUAGCGCGCGCAGACCUGAUUUCAAUUACCUUCACCCGAUUUAAUUAAUCCGUGUGAAAUUAUGUCCCGAUCGGCGCAGAUCCAGCCGGCAAGAUGAUGAUUUUACCAAGGAGAGGCUCGGAUCGUGUGCCCGACUCGGUGGUCCUGGUGAUCUUGGUGGUCGCCGCUUCUCUUGGUACCGUUUUCGCCAAGGACACUGCCUUUGUGGAAGUGGUUCUGUUCGAGUCCAGUCCCAAUGGAGAUUAUACUACUUACACGACUGGCUUGCAAGGACGGUUCUCCAAAGCAGGAGCCACUAUCAGCGCGGAGGGGGAGAUCGUUCAAAUGCAUCCUUUGGGACUAUGCAAUAAUAAUGAUGAGGAGGACCUGUACGAGUAUGGCUGGGUUGGAGUGGUGAAGCUGGAGCAACCAGAGCUGGACCCCAGUUGUCUGACUGUGCUGGGAAAGGCAAAGAGAGCAGUGCAGCGGGGAGCCACGGCCGUCAUCUUUGAUGUGUCGGAGAAUCCAGAUGCCAUCGACCAGCUCAACCAGGUCGCUGAGGAUCCUCUGAAGCGGCCGGUGGUUUACGUGAAGGGCAACGAUGCUGUUAAGUUGAUGAACAUCGUCAACAAGCAGAAAGUGGCUCGUGCUCGGAUACAACAUAGACCACCGAGGCAGCCCACAGAAUAUUUUGACAUGGGCAUCUUCCUGGCUUUCUUUGUGGUUGUGUCGCUGGUUUGCCUCAUUCUGCUCAUCAAGAUCAAACUCAAGCAGAGGAGAAGCCAGAGCUCAAUGAACAGAAUGGCCAUCCAGGCUCUGGAAAAGAUGGAGACUCGCAAGUUCAAGGCCAAAGGAAAGGGCCAGCGUGAGAGCAGCUGUGGAGCCUCUGAUUCACUGAGCAGCAGCUCCACCUCUGACUGCGCCAUCUGUCUGGAGAAGUACAUUGAUGGGGAGGAGCUGCGGGUUAUCCCCUGUGCUCACAGAUUUCAUAAGAAGUGUGUCGACCCCUGGCUGCUCCAGCAUCACACGUGUCCCCACUGCAGACACAACAUCAUCGAGCAAAAGAAGGGAAAUCCAGGAGCAGCAUGCAUGGACCCCGGCAACCCAGUCCAUGGCCGGCAGCGGGUGGUGUUGCCAGUCCAUUACCCCGGCAGGGUGCACCGAGCUGGCCAGGUGACCGCCUACCCAACCAGAACCAGCAUGGACCCCCACGGCAACCCCAUCACUGUGCUCACUGUGGACCAGCACCCAGAUCCUCAAGGUCUGUACCCACCCCAGUCAACAUCUGCCUUUCUCCGGAGCUACCACCCCACACUCCAUCUGGACCACUCGCUCAACCCCCACCACUGUGGAUUAGAGCACCGCGGACCCCCCACCUACCCAGCACAGCCGCAUCAUGCUGCUUUUAAACGACCCAAGUUCCAUGGUCGCAACUUUUCCCGCGCAGCCUGCUUCUCACAGUACGAGACCAUGUACCAGCACUACUAUUUUCAGGGGUUGACUUUCCCUCAGCAGCCCGAGGGUAGCCAGGGGCCUGCGGUGGCAGGGCAGCUCGGUGGAGGAGGGGCCCACAAGGGCCACCACAGCAGGGCCUUUCAGCAGGGACUGUUAUACCCCACAGUGGUACACAUGGCACCUGCCUCUUCUUCAAGGAUAGGCGAUACCGGCAGCACUUCUGGCCUGAGCUGUUACCAUGGCCACCGCUCGGUGUGCAGUGGUUACCUUGCUGACUGCCCUGGUAGUGACAGUAGCAGCAGCAGCUCAGGUCAGUGCCACUGUUCCUCCAGCGACUCCAUGUUGGACUGUACUGAGGUCAGCAACCAGGGGGUGUACGGUAGCUGCUCUACCUUUCGCAGCUCGCUGAGCAGUGACUACGAUCCUUAUGUGUACCGGAGUAAGAGUCCGUGUAGAGGCUCUGCAGGGGAAGCGGGGGCUGCGGCUUGCACCACAGUUCCUGCUGAGGACUCAUCAUCCCCUGCACCCUUGGGACAUGACUGCCUCCAGCUCCCUCCUGGAGCUUCGGGAUAUAACUCGGGGGACCACCUCUCCAACUGCAGUUUGGAGCCCAACUACAGCAGUCGCUCAUCACUGGAACCCAGGGAGAACAGCAACACUAGCACUACCUCAGCCGGAGCUCCAGAGGCUACCGGAGCAGACAGGGGAAAAGGGGCGCAGGAGGAGUCAGGGGAGCUUGGGGCUGCAGCCUGUAGCUGCUGCUUUGAGGUGCUUCCUCCCAGUGUGGAGUGCAAAGGGCAGGACUCGGACCAAGUUGGGCCUCUGGCCUCAGGACGAUGUCACAGGGGGGUGGAGUUUCAGAGCUCCACGUCCAAGAACUACUUUACUCCUGAGCACAUGUGCCCUUCCUCAGAGCAGGUGAGCUACGAAGGGCUACCUUGCUGCUUCUACAAAGAGAUGAAGGUCCACAGGGCUGCAGCAGGGCGCUACACCGAGGACUACGCUGUUAAUGUGCAGUAUGCACAUGCGGACUCGGAGGCCUGCACUGGACAGGGCUGCUGUGAACUCAACCAGAGAAUACCCAUAAUUCCUGAGGACACAGAUUGUGAAUUAGGCACAGGGGCAGAGACCCAGAGCAGUUUACUGCCCAUCAGUGUCACAAUGGAGGCAGAGGUGCGGACAGGGGAGCAACACGAGCCCAGGGAAGGGUACUUCACCUCAGGACAGUUUAGAGGUCAGCCAUACCCUCAGGAGGAGGAGACCAGGGUUUUGUUCCACCCUCAGCUCUCUGCGAGCCCCACUGGAUUGGGAAGCAGUUCUUCAACAAAUGAGGGAGGUCUGGGUAUAUGAACUUGAGCCCAGAGAAGGGACUCAGUCUAAAGUAUGUAUUUGGUACCGUAUCAGUCAGUCAAUCAUUGAAACCCUCAGUUGCCUUGUUCUAACCUGCUCUCUGAGCACUGAAUGUUAUCAUCUUAGAUUGUGUGGAUUUCUACUGAAAUGGCCUGUAAUUUCUAGAUAUACAGUGCAUCAAGUUCAUUCCUGUGGCCACAAACGUCUCAGCACAAAAUUCUGCUACCAAUAGCACUGAGACAAAGUGAUACUACAAAUGAGGAUGGAGGUUGUUAACUGAAACUAGAAGUAGGUUGGCGUUGGCAUCUAUUUGGAGACUGUCUGCUGCCAUCAAGGGUUAGGCCCCUUCAGUACUAAGUAAUUUGGGCCCAUUUCUUGUGAGAUUUCUUCAGAUUUUGUCAAGAACAAGCUAUCUAGACUCCAUGUUUUGCGCAAGAUCUAAGAAUCUGAGAUUUUUCUCUACAAAAAAAGUACACUCUUAAUUCACAAACAUCUGCUUCUACAUGUAUACAUCUCGUAUAUGUGCGCACAUGAACACUGACUGCCUAUAAAGCUUCAACCACCAACUCAAAUAGGUUGUAUGGACAUAGCUAUACCAAAACAGAAAGACAUGAUUGUUGUUGUUGUUUUUUUGUUUUUGUUUUUGUUUUUUUUGUUUUUUUUUUUUAAAACUUUUUUCAAGAGCAGGGAAAUGGGUCUUUCUAAGUGUCUGUGACCCACACAUUUCUCUGAGGAGAAGAAGCUAUAUAUUACAGAAAAAUGCAUAGAAAUGUGAAUGCAAGGCUGACACUGGUCUCUAUUCAAUAUAAUACAGAAUUUGUUUUAUGCAUUGCAUUUCUGUCCAGUAGUGGCCUACCUGUUUGAGAUGUGCCGGAGCAACAUGAAAGCCUUACGCUGGUAAGCUAUUUGUAGCAAUAUCUAAAGACACUGCAUUGCUAUUGGUCGAACUCCAGACCAAAGCGACAGUGUCUCGGGGUAAGCAGAUUUCUUCAGAAGUAGAGUGCAGCACUCUACCUCUUGUUUGGAAGCCCUUAAAAGUUUAUUUUUUGCUGUCACUUACCCAAUUUCCUCAAUGAGGCUAAUAAAUAUCUAUAAAUGGUUCUAGCAUGUAUCAAAAGGCCAAAGGAAAGUAGCUGGAAAAGACUCAUAUUUCAUAAGGGUUCCUUAUUGUACUGUGACUUUUUUUUUUUUUAAUAACAAUGCAGUUAUACAUACCACAAUGUAUCCGUUUGAAUCAUAUCGUGCUGUGCAUAAUACAUACUUGCGAUAUCAAUGCUUGUCAUUCAUGCCUUUCUGUUUGUCCUGCAGACUGUUUUUAUACUGUUUCUAUGAAAUAUACACAUUCUCUACACAGAGGAAAACCUUCUGAAAUAACCCUAUUUAUAAGUUAACCCAGUGCUGUAAUCAAGUGAGAAUCUAAUCUUGCCUUUUGCAUAGAGAUAUGUACCUACUGCAAAUAUAACAUUUUGGGGUACUUGAGUCACUAUUUAAUUUUUUUUUUAUUUGUUUGUUAUUGUUUCUAGCACUUAAGAAGAUUAAAAUGUGUACAAAAAUUAAUAUUUUUUAAUUUUUUAAGAAUAUAAUUAUUUUCUGUCAUUACCAUUACAAAUGUUUAAAAAAGGCUAGAAAUCAAUCUGUGUAUAUUUCUGUACCUGUAUAGCAAACACAUUUCAUAAAUGGAAAUAUGUUCUCUGAAUAUUUAUUUACUAAUAUAUUUAUCUUUAAGCCAUGUCUUAUGUUCAGAGUGUAUGAACGUUUGAGUUAUUUGGUUGCUUUUUAUUUUGAGAAAAAUCACUAACAUGAGACUUUGUAUAUACAUGGUAAUUGCACACAAGACGAUUAAAUCUUCUCUGACCAAAAAACUGAUUUUAAAACUUUAGUACCAUACAGUUUUGUAAUUAAAGUGUACAAAGAUCUGUAAAAUAUACAGUUUUAUUCAAGUAA